GGAACGGUUGCCAUGGCAGCGGCCGGGCGCGCUGCUUAGCAGAGGAAAGAUGGCGGUGACGGGCUGGUUGGAGAGUCUGCGGACGGCCCAGAAGACUGCACUGCUGCAGGACGGGAGAAGGAAGGUGCACUAUUUAUUCCCAGAUGGCAAGGAAAUGGCUGAAGAAUAUGACGAGAAGACGAGUGAACUACUUGUGAGAAAGUGGCGUGUGAAAAGUGCCCUGGGAGCCAUGGGCCAGUGGCAGCUUGAAGUAGGAGAGCCAGCGCCCCUAGGAGCAGGAAACCUGGGGCCUGAACUCAUCAAGGAAAGCAAUGCCAAUCCUAUCUUCAUGCGCAAGGACACCAAGAAGAGUUUCCAGUGGCGGAUUCGAAACCUCCCCUAUCCUAAGGAUGUCUACAGUGUCUGUGUGGACCAGAAGGAGCGCUGCAUCAUUGUCAAAACAACCAACAAGAAGUACUACAAGAAGUUCUCCAUUCCUGACCUAGAUAGACACCAGCUACCUCUGGAUGACGCCUUGCUAAGCUUUGCCCACGCGAACUGCACCCUGAUCAUCUCUUACCAGAAGCCAAAGGAGGUUGUGGUGGCUGAGUCCGAGCUACAGAAGGAACUAAAGAAGGUAAAGACAGCCCACGGCAACGAUGGGGACUGCAAGACCCAGUAGUUGGCCCCUGAGCCUUAUACCUCCAGCACAGGGGGUGCCGUGAGACUUCAAGGCUUGGUCCUUCUUGACCACGGCAGCCUCCUAUCUUCUAGGAGCUAUCACGGGUCUACAAGAACUGGGCCGUGGGGCACUCCUAUCCAGUGAGUCAUGGUCAUAUUUCCUGAGUAAAGUCAUUCUGAGCUACUUACUGCA